AAUAGCGGUCCAGUUGAACCGAACAGUUCAACAGCUCGGAAAGCAGUGAGGAGUGGCUAUUCCGCGAGAUGGAGGUUACUUCGGUAGAUUUAGGUUUUCUGGAACCGUGUGAACCGUGGCUGCUGACGAACAAAUUCUUCCGCAGCAAGGUUGGCGGUAAACCGGCAUGGCUAGAAUUGAAACACCUGCCAAAACCGGACGAUCUGCUGUGUGGCCAGUGCAAUGAGCCGCUUGGAUUUCUGUGUCAGGUUUAUGCGCCGGUAGAGGCAAACGAAAACAGCUUCCACCGAACGCUGUACGUGUUUGUCUGCUUAACGGCGGCCUGUAAUCAAUCACCCGAACCGGAAGCAGGCACCAUCAAAGUACUACGCAGCCAGCUGCCACGGCGGAACGAGUACUACGAAUAUGAUCCACCGGAUGAGACGAAAGAAUCGCCGGCGAUCAAGUCUCCCGUACCGCUUUGCGUCGUAUGUGGUUGCCGUGGGCCCAAGCUUUGCUCGCGCUGCAAAGCGGUCAACUACUGCAGUGCGGCCCACCAGCGGCUCGAUUGGAAAGCGGUCCACAAAAGUGUGUGCUGCAGCGAGGAAGGGUCCACCGUCCCGGCGAGCGCUACAAGCAGCAUUCAAUUUCCGGAAUUUGAAAUCAUUACCGAAGAGGAAGAAUAUGAGCCAAAGGCAAAGCUUUCGGAGGAAGAGAACGCAAAGCGGCAGCUGGCCGAGCUGGAGCGUCUGAAGCAGGAGGGCAAAGCGGGCGCCCUGGACGAGCUGUCCGAGGCGGAGCUGGACCAGUAUUCGUCCGACCAGGUGGAGGAUAAAACGUUCGACAAGUUCAAGGAGCGCAUCUCGGCCGACCCAGAGCAGGUGCUGCGGUACGAGCGGGGCGGCAAACCGCUCUGGCUGUCGCCCAAGCUCCCGCAGGCCAUUCCGCCCUGCGGACGGUGUGCCGGACGGCGGGUGUUUGAAUUUCAAAUUAUGCCCCAGCUGCUGAACAGCCUGAACAGCGAGCAGCUUGACUGGGGCACCCUCGUGUGCUACACCUGCGAGGCAAGCUGUGAUGUGCAAGGGUACGCGGAAGAGUACAUCUUCCGGCAGGACGUGCUCAAUACCGAUACGGCGAAGCACUGAAUAAAGCGAACGACUGUAAGUAUGGAAA